AUGGAUUGGAGAUUUGUUGGUUCAGUAAACACGAAGCCUUGUUUGCGUUUCGGUGGGUCAGUACUCGGGAUUAUUAUUCAAAGGAAAGGAUUUGCAUCUUAUGUCCGAAGGAAACGAAAUCACUACGACUUGUUGGACAUUCCAUAUGAUGCAACGGAUGAAGAAAUAAAGAAUGCCUUUGUCAAAAAAUCGCAAGAACUGCAUCCGGAUGGCAAGAAUUUCAAUCCAGAAGUGCUGCAAUCCAUGGAUAAAUAUGCACCUGAUCUUACCGAACAGUUCAUGCAACUAAAAACUGCUUAUGAUGUUUUACGACGUCCAAUACGGAGAAAGCAAUAUGAUCAAAUGAUGGGAAUUGAACGUUUGAAACGUUUCAGUAGGCGAUCAGAAAAGUUUAACCUUUAUGAUACUGAAGUAAAAAGGCGCAAUUUCGCAGCAGAUUUGGGUAUGUCAGCUCGAGAAUUCGUCAGCCGUGAUUUCUAUGUGCGAUUAACAGAAAAUUCGGAUAAUUCGCUGAUGUAUUUCACCGCUGGCGGCGUAGUAGUCAUUUUGAUACUGCAGAAGUUAUAUAUCUGGUAA